AUGAAGAAGGAAGAUCAAGCAAGGUCAAUGUUUGGGAUUUCUUUGACUGAUAGUGAUAGACCAAUUUGGCAACAGUUUCUCAUAUGCUCUUCCCGGUUCUUCUUUGGUUAUCUUGUCAAUGGCAUUUGCGAUGUCAAGCUCUCUGUUGUCCUAAUGGGUUCUCAUGGAUUAACAAAGGGUUCCUUGGCUUAUCUUAACUAUCCAGCACAGAAUAUGUUCAAGUUGACAAAGGUUCCACCUGUAAUGAUAAUGAGCGAGUUUAUCCCUGGCUUGAGAAGAAAAUACCCCAUUCACGAAUACAUAUCAGCCGUGCUUCUAGUUGUUGGGCUGAUUCUUUUCACCUUAGCAGAUGCAAACACUUCUCCAAACUUUAGUGGCAUUGGCGUCUUGAUGAUUUUAGGCGCUCUAGUCAUGGAUUCGUUUCUCGGUAACUUGCAGGAAACAAUUUUCACCAUGAAUCCCGAUACCACUCAGAUGGAGAUGCUAUUUUGCUCGACGUUGAUUGGGUUGCCUUUCCUGUUACCGCCAAUGAUUUUGACCGGAGAGUUGUUUAAAGCUUGGAAUUCUUGUGCUGAGCAUCCUUAUGUUUACGGGGUGCUUGUCUUUGAAGCAAUGGCUAUAUUUAUUGGUCAAGACUCUGUUUUAUCACUCAUUGCCAUUUUUGGGGCUGCCACCACUGCUAUGAUUACAACAGCACGAAAGGCUAUCGUCCCUGAUACUAAACCUCCUAACCAAGUUGUCGUAUCCAGUACUCGGGGAAAAAAUCAUCCGAAAAAGGUGAAGACACCAGAAAAUGGAGCCAACGAAGACGAAGAGAAAAGGCCAUUAGUCUGA